UUUAUGUUUGUCAAAAGAUGCGUGCGGGAAGAAAACAAUAAACGUUCUUUUUUGGAGUGUAGCAUUGACAGAUUUCCAAAAAACGUGGGUCAUAGAAUGAAAUAAAUAUUAAAGUUUAAGUUUUUAAGUGGUAGUCUGCAUUCGCGUGCACAAAAAUUAUAGUUUUCAUUCAAUCAGAUAUCGGCUGAAGAACCUCGUUAUGGCCCACAAAAUGCAUGAAGUUUUGGUGUUUUUAGUUAAAGAAGAAAAUUUUAAUAUACCCAAAUACAACAGAAAAGUAAAACUUAGAACAGAUUAUGAUCCACAAGGUAUAAGCAUGAGAAUAUUCGAAAUGGAUGAAACUACAGAGCUAUUAGAGUUUCCUGUAGAUUCUAGUAGUGAAUGCUGUAAAGUUGGAGCGAAGUCAUACAUGUUUUCAUUUGACAAUGAAUCUCUGCUAAUUAAAUUUAAUACUACCGAGGAAGCGCGUGACUUUGCCGUAGCAAUAACAAAAAUCAAAUCUGGCAGAGAUGCUUCAGUUUUUUCAGUUAGAACAGAAGAUUCCUCUGCAACUCAGUAUUUCCAGUUUUAUGGAUAUUUGUCACAACAACAGAAUAUGCUACAAGACUUUGUUAGGACUUAUACUUAUCAGAGAGCGAUAUUAUGUAACAUGGAAGAUUUUAAAGAUAAAGUUGUAUUGGAUGUGGGUGCGGGUUCUGGAAUUUUAUCUUUUUUCGCUGCUCAAGCUGGUGCUAAACGUAUUUAUGCAGUAGAAGCUUCGACAAUGGCUCAUUAUGCACAAAAACUAGUUGAAGCAAAUAAUUUUUCCAAUUGUAUUAAAGUUUUACCAGGUAAAAUAGAAGAAGUAGAACUUCCAGAGAAAGUAGAUGUUAUAAUUUCUGAACCUAUGGGCUAUAUGCUCUACAACGAAAGAAUGUUAGAGUCUUAUCUUAAUGCCAAACGGUGGUUAGUUCCUGGUGGCAAAAUGUAUCCUUCUAGGGGUGACUUACAUAUUGCCCCAUUUACUGAUGAUUCCUUAUACAUGGAGCAGUACAGUAAAGCCAAUUUUUGGUUCCAGACCUGCUUUCAUGGAGUGAACUUAUCAGCAAUCCAAAAUUGUGCAGUUAAGGAAUAUUUUAGACAGCCUAUUGUAGAUACAUUUGAUGUUAGGAUAUGUAUGAGUAAAAGUAUUCGGCAUGUAGUUGAUUUCCUCGAAACGGAUGAAACAGACUUGCACACUAUCAACAUCCCUUUAGAGUUCCAUAUAUUAGAAUCUGGAACGUGUCACGGUCUUGCCUUCUGGUUUGACGUGGCUUUUAUAGGAUCACAGCAAACCAUCUGGCUUAGUACUGCACCCACAGAGCCACUUACUCACUGGUAUCAAGUGAGAUGUUUAUUAGAACAACCAUUGUUAUUGAAGCAAGGACAAGUUUUAACAGGCACAGUUCUUUUAAUUGCUAAUAAAAGACAAAGUUAUGAUGUUACAAUAGAGCUUACUGUUGAAGGUACCACACAAACAUCUAAAAACACCUUGGAUCUAAAAAAUCCUUACUUUAGAUAUACUGGGGCCCCUGUACAGCCUCCACCAGGUGUUUCUAAUGUUUCACCAAGUGAAACUUACUGGAGUCAGCUAGAUGCUCAAGGGGUACGAAAUGCUGUAAAUAUGGUCAACGGAAUGUCUGUAAAUGGUUUGGGUGAAGUAUCAAUGGAUACUACUCAAACAUUAAUCAAUAACAAUCUGAUGGCAAAUAAUUUAAUAGCUUUAGUUGAUCCGUCACAGCAUAUGGGCGAAGCUCUACAACCUAAUAUACAUCCUGGAUGUAUACCCAGCACAGGAAGAGGUCGAGUUGCCGCUAGUCCCACGUCCACUCAUACCGCCCAACUGAUCGGUGGCGCCAUCUCGCCGUCGUUGUUCACAUCGCCUGUCGCCGCGCACGCGCAGCAACAACAACCACAACCGAUCGUGAUGGCCAAUUACCCGGUAGCCCAGAACUUGAUGAUAGGCGAUUACGUCAAACCAGGAAACGGAAUGGUGUCGGCGGUGUAUCGCCAAUAAUUUAAGUUAGGCUCGUGUAAAAUAAAUCGUACGCUCAACGAUACAGAUAAAGAGGGGACUAUUAAAGAAAAUUGGAUUAAAUGAAGAGUUCUUGGCUGAGUGAAAUUUUACAGGUUGUAUUUUAAACUAUUUUUAUUUAUUUAUUAAAGUUAAUUUAAGAACGCUCUGUUGUCAUUCAUUGAAAAGUUCGUUCAAAUACAGAAUACAGUUUCAUUGAAUAAUAUAUAAAUAACAUUUGUCAAUAAAACUAGACAUCCAUGUCAUAGUGCAAUAAAACUACACAUCUUCAGGCGAUGAACGAUUGCAUUUAAGAGAAGGGUUUAAACCUUAAUCUAACCGGGGUUUAAAUCUUAAUUUAACGUUUAAACCGAUUAUUUGUAGAGAGGGAUUCAAAAUCAUACAGGAAUAGUGUAAUUAUUUACGCUUAAGUCCAAUAGGUAAAUAUACCGAUCUGGUCAUUGAAACUACGUGGUCUGGAUUUUAACGUCUAAGACAGUGUGGUAGACAGCUUAAUGGAAAAUAAAAUGUAUUAAAAAGAGAUAAAUGUUGGGUUGAUCUACAUUUCUUUGUUGCGGUAUUGCCGGAUUUUGCAUCAAAAUUUCAAACCGCACAAGUAGCCGUUUACUAAAAAUGUUGCGUCUAGGGUUGGAAGUUUAUUUUUCACAAUUAGUUACUCAUUUUACCACAGUUUUAAUAGAUUAUAUUUAUCUAGAUAUAUUAUCUUCAUUUCAGUAGUAUAUAUGAAAGUUUUUAAAAUAUUUUUUUUCUGCACACAUUUUCCUACAAACGUAAAAACAUGGCAACACUGUAUGCCGCUUUUUAUUGUGUCUCUCUGUCUGUAAAACGGUCAUUUAUACUUAUCUCUGUCGCAUGUAUUAAAAUACAGACCACGCAGAUGAAGUGACCAGACCUAGUAUAGCUGGUUGAUGAUGAAGAUUGAUGAUAUAGAAACACUUCUUAUUCUACGGUAUCUGGUAUAUAUUUUCGAAAGGCAUUUUAAUACUAACAAUUUUAAUUGACUCUAUUUUAUUCUUAUAAUUAAUUGUAUCCAGUUUAAGAAUCUAUUAUAUUAUUUACUGUUGGAAAUAUACACAUCAAACGCUGUAAAAUUUAAAAUUAUUACAGCAUUAAAACUAUUCAGCUAUUUAAAGCUGAAUAACAAAAGGGGAAAUACUUGAAAACAAAUAUGUAUUGACAAAUGAUAUUUAUAUUUAUUCUGAAUUUGAUCGUACUUUACUUUUUACAUACGUAUCAACUUUUAAGCAAUAAAACAACUUUAAAAAAAUAGCCAGGACAAAUUAUCAUCCCACAAAGUAAUUUUAAAAACAUUUGUACUGCAUUGUUUUUUUUUAAAUAAACGACUAGUUUGAAACGAAAUCACUUCCAAAUCAGGAGCAUUUCACAGAGUACAAAAUAUUUUUAUCACAUUAUAAAACUGAGGUAGUCUCUAUAUAAUUUUAAGGUGAUUUUUUUUCUCGCUCUAAACGUUCUUGUACUCUGUAUAUGCCGGUGUAGUUUUUGUUAUACUAAAAUUAGAAAUUCCACUGUCUAAUAUACUAAUCGAAUAUCACCAAAAGUUUUGUAUCCUUAGCCGAAAAAGGGCAUUUUAUGCCUAAAUUUUUGUAUAUACAACCAAUACCUAUUUGUCUUUUUAAAUCACAGCCCAAAUUUUACACAAUUUUUAUCUCCAUUCUAAAUAAUUUUGGAGUUAUUAAACAGUAGAAUUUUAAAACUUCCUCUCGAAUUUACUUAUAGACAAAAAAUAGAUUGUUUCAUCAAAAAUGGUAAUCGCAUUUAUCUACUAUCAAUAUAUUUCUUUUCUGAACAACGAAUAAUAAAUAUAUUGAAUAAUUGAUUGGAAAUAUUAUAACUACGAUUGGACUUAAAACUAUUGUGUCGACAAGAUUGGUUCAUGACAUCAAAGCUACAUAAUAUUUCAAAAAAUCUUUGUCUUUUGAAUGUCAUUACCUUCUGUCUUACACGUCUGAAUAUUGUGACAUAAAGAUAGAUUGGCCAUAAUGAUAGAUAGAUAAUUUAGUUUAUGAAUUUUGAUUUUUU